AUGGCUGAGUUUAUGAUGGCUCAGCAGGCCCAGAAUCAAAAUCAGGGACACCCUCGGGUCGACUUUGCUAAAGCUAUAGCAAGUAGACACCCAUCGAGUUAUGCGGGGGAAGAUGAUCCAGUGGUUUUGGAAGAAUGGAUACGGACAUUUGAUAAACUGCUUGACGCAAAAGGAGAAACUGUUCAGGUCUACUAUGACCAGUAUGUGGAGCUAAUGAGGUUUGCUCAAGACAUUGUGCCGGACGAGGCAAGCAAAGCAAGAAGAUUUGUGCGAGGACUGGAUUGGGACGUGAGAAGGGCAAUCGCACCAUUCAUGUGCUCCACUCUCAAGGAGGCAUAUAAUCGGGCAUCGGAUCAGUACCAAGUGUACCUAGAUCAACAGGAAGUUUAUGGUAGGAACAAGAGAAAAAUUGAUGAUAAACAUAAGAGAUUCAAGGUGGAUGAUCGGAAGUCUAACCAAGGGAAAUUUCAACCAAAGCAAGGAGAGAAGAGGGGAGGAACAGACCAAGGGAAGCAGUCUGCUUGCAGCAGAUGUGGAAAGAGCCAUCCUGGAGAAAAUUGCCAAGGGGUAAGAAUAAGGUGCUACAAGUGUGGCCUCUUAGGACACAAAUUCUAUGAGUGCCAAACCAGGGUAGAAAACCUCCAGAACUCCUCGCAGAAUAACAGGCACGGAGGAGGAUUAAGUGGGAGCAACGGCCGGAAACCUGCGGAAUCCGGAAACAAGGGGGUUAAUUCUCCGCAAGUGAACCGGGGGAGGCCAACGAACGCUGCCACAGGUCCGAACGACAAAGGGAAGUCGCCGAUGGGAGAAAGCAGCACAGGGAACCAAGGCCGAAUCUACGUCGUUAAUAGCACUCAAGCUCAGGCUGGCGACGUCGUAACUGAUACAUUUCUUAUAAACUCAGUGCUUGGUUCGGUAUUAUUUGAUACGGGAGCUACCAAUUCCUUUAUAUCAUCUACGUUUGCGGAUAGAUUGAAGUUAUGGCCUACUAGUAAGUUAGACUUAAAUGUGAGAACUGCCUCGGGGAUAGUGGUAGCCUGUAAAGAUGGAUAUGACAACAUUUCGAUAGAAAUUGCGGGAUUCAAUUGUCCCGGAAAUCUUAUUCGUUUUGAGUUAGAGGGCAUCGAUGUGGUACUCGGAAUGGAUUGGUUGGAUAUGUAUAAGGCUCAAAUUGUUUGUGAUGAGCGAAAGGUUGUCCUACGAGGAUCGAAUGGGAAGAGAAUAUCCUACCGAGGGAUUGAGAGGCAACCCGAGCCCAAGUUGAUGACAAUGCAGAAGUUGAGGAAGUACGCUCACCAGGGGUGUGAAGUGUACCUCUAUUUGGUGCAAGACGCUGAGAUGGAAGAACCUGAGAUCAAUCAAAUCCCAGUAGUGCGUGAAUUUCCCGACGUGUUUCUAGAGGAUCUCACGGAAAUGCUGCCGGAAAGGGAAGUGGAAUUCACUAUUGAUCUCGCACCAGGAACCGCACCAAUCUCAAAAGCGCCUUAUCGUAUGGCACCGAAAGAGAUGGAAGAAUUGAAGACUCAAUUGGCGGAGAUCGACGAUCUGUUCGAUCAAUUGAAGGGAGCUGGAGUAUUUUCAAAGAUUGAUUUACGGUCAGGGUAUCACCAAGUGCGAGUCGUGGAGCAGGAUAUUCCCAAAACAGCAUUCCGGACUAGAUAUGGGCACUACAAAUUUGCCGUCAUGCCGUUCGGAGUGACAAAUGCACCAAGGACUUUCAUGGACUUGAUGAACAGGAUUUUCCUUCCAUAUCUAGAUAAGUUCAUCGUUGUCUUUAUAGACGAUAUCUUGGUUUACUCAAAGACACUAGAGGAGCACGAAGAACAUCUUAGGACAGUAUUGCAAAUGCUGAGGGAAAAGAAACUUUCUGCGAAACUGUCUAAGUGCGAAUUUUGGAGGGAGGAAGUAGCAUUUCUUGAGAGAUCUCAAUUUGAGGCAAAGAAGAUGGCUGGAGUUGAUCAAGGAUUAUGA